AUGCCCAAUGAUAAUAACAACAAUAAUGCAAGACAACAAUUCAGACAAGCUCCAGUACAAAAUAAUCCACGUCAAUUUACGGAAGAAGUUCAAAAACAACAGCAAAUACUAUCUAAUAAUUUCAGCUCUUCUCAAUUAUCUUACGACGGUAGUGAUAAAAUUGUGUUUCUUAUGGAAAGCGAUAUUUAUGAAAAUACUUGGAGAAGAAAAGUUCGGAAGAGACUAGAAAAUCAACAUCAUAUAAGACGUUUUGUUAAUUCAUGUCUUAUAGAUACUGACAAAAAUGGCAGUGAUAUCGAAGAAUUGGUCACUGGAUUAGGGAGUUCUGAUGGGUUGAACAGAAUUCGUGAAAUCGUGAUGUUUGAAGUAUCAGUUGAUGCGGGUUUACAAUCUAAUGUGGCUUCAUAUCAAAGAGUCAUUUUGCCAUUUUUAGCUCUAUUAAUCCGUUCAGGAAUAAUUAAUUCUGUUUAUGAAACUAAAAUUCAUGCAAUAUAUUCUGUUAUUUGUUCAAAUAUGGAGCAAUUUAUUGCUGAAAAAGUUAUCACUAUGUUGGAAAUAAUCGUUGAAAGAAAUUCCUUGGUAGACAAUCGUGACGCAAGAGAGAUCAUUUUCAAUGACGAUCCAGAUUCUUUUAUACCAACUUCGAUUGGUCAAUUCUUUUUGGUUAUAGUCAGAUUGUUAAAUCAACUUCUUAAGCGUUUCAAAAAUCUUUCUAGCGAUCCUGUCAUGUUUAAAGUUUAUGACAGAUUAGAAGUUGCAAUAACGAAAUGGAAAUCUUCUUUCCAAUCAAGGACUUCAAUAAUUGAUACGCACGAUCCUAUUGCUACUAAUCCGGAUAAACCAACCAAAUCUACUACAACAGCACAAAGUUUCUUUUCAAAACUUUACAAAGGAAUUGGAUUAAAAAUUGAUUCUGCGAGAACUUAUGAUCCACCAGGCGAUCUUUCAAAUGAUGGUCCAAGACACAAUAAUGACCAUAGUGAUAUUACAAAAAUAUCAAUUAUACCAACAAAAGAAGAAAUAUUAUGUAAUCGAGAGCCAUUUUUGCCAGAAGUAAUACAAGAUGCACAACACUGGUUACCUCAUGGUCCAGAACGUCUUCUAGACAUUAGGUUUAGAUUGUUACGUGAGGACAUGUUAUCUCCGCUUAGAAAUGGAAUAUGUAGUUUUAUUAAUACGCUUAAUGAAUUCACAAAAAAUAACGAUGCUCGUUUGAAAAGAUUUCGUGAAAAUGGUAGAUUUAAAGAUGAAAAUAAUAAAAUAGAUAGCGGCGAUCUUCAUUUAUACAACGAUAUCAAAUUCACUAGUAUAAAUGUUGAUAAAAAACGUGGUCUUUUAUGCAAAGUUGCUUUUCAACAACCACGCAUGAGAUCGGCAAAAACUGAGAAAGAUAGGCAACAAUAUUGGGAAAAAAGUCAAAAGUUAAUGAACGGUAGUUUAGUUUGUUUGAUAUGGCCAAUGGAUGACGUGACUAUGUUAAAUCGAGUAACAACAAGAAUAAAUGAAAUUGAUAAUCAAGAACCUGUUAAUAAUAAUUACGAGUUAUUUUUUGGUACUGUUGCAACACAACCAACUGGUGUCUAUUUUGAAUCUUAUUUUCAUAUUUUAAAGACUCUUCAAGCUAUCGAUCCUAAAACAAUGCCGUUUACAAAUUAUUUGGCAUCGAUUCCAACUGAUAAAGAUAAUAAAAAAGUUGGAAUUCCAACUUAUGCAAGUGCCCCUUCGUUUCAAUUUGAUUUGUCGGUUUUACUUACACCUAAAAAUCGAAAUCGAAACCUUCGUUUGAAUGUCACAGACAAAAAAAGUCAUGAUCAUGUAAUUAAUGAACUUAUUCAAUAUAGCUCAUUAGAUGAUACGCAAGCGGGUGCUCUUGUAUCAUCACUUUCUAAAGAAGUCGCGUUGAUUGAAGGUCCACCUGGAACAGGAAAAUCAUAUGUUGGUGUUCAAUUAAUGAGGGUUCUUCUUGCGCCUCAAAAUCGCGAAGCAACUAAAUUAGGUCCAAUUUUGACAAUCUGUUUUACAAAUCACGCACUCGACCAAUUUUUAGAGGAUCUCUUUAAAGCCGGAUUAGAUAAUUUCGUAAGAUUAGGAUCUCGUUCAAAAUCUGAAGUAAUUAGAGAAUUUAAUCUUGAGGAUAUUGUUCGUAAUAGACCAAAAACUCCUCGUGAGCGAUAUUUAUUAGCGCAAGCCCACAAAAAACUUGAUGAAAUAAGAGACAGCGUUAAUAAGAUUAAUGAUCAACUGAACUCACCACGGCUUACUUGGAAAAAUGUAGCAUCAUUUUUGGUAGAUGAACAUCAUGAAUUUUAUUCAAAAUUUAAUAGGAAGCCAGACGAAAUACCGAGUUUUCUCCUUGAUACUUACAAUGUUAAACACAGCCCACAUGAUGAUGAAGAAUGGCAAACUCAGGAUAAAAAAGGCCGUCGCAUUAAUAGACAUUGGUUCGAACAGUGGUUAAGUGGCACUGAUCUUCAAAAAGCACGUCAACAUAAAGCUCGUUUAAAUCAACCCGACAAAAAUGCAAAUGGCAAGAAGAAAGCCACACACAAUCCUUUUACUGUUCUCGAAGAUCCUAAUAAUCGUGAUGGUGAUAAUGAUGAUGACCAAACGGAUCAGUACUUUAUCAGUUAUCUUAUAGACUGGACUGAACCAAAAAGGGAUAGGAAUUUGGAAGAAUUACUACAAGACACAAAUAUCUGGCGAAUGUCACAAAAAGAAAGAUUGACCUUGCAUGAUUUUUGGAAGCAAGAAAUAAAUAAAGAGCUGACUGAAGAAUUAUCUAAUUUACAACGUCAAUACAAAGAAAGUGCAAAAGAGCUGGAAAGGAUUUUUGAUCAAGGCAGAAAAUUGGUCUUGGAUAAAUGUGAUAUGAUUGGAAUGACAACUCAUGGUGCUGCGAAAUAUCAGUCUCUCAUAAAAUCUGUUAAUCCGAGAAUAAUUGUUUGUGAAGAGGCUGGCGAAGUACUGGAGCCACAUAUCUUGAGCUCUUUAUCGCCGUCUACACAACAUUUGAUACUUAUUGGGGAUCAUAAUCAAUUAAGACCACGUUGUGCCACAUAUAACUUGACAAUGGAUUCAAGAACUGGAGUAAAAUAUCAAUUGGAUAAAAGUUUAUUUGAAAGGCUUGUGCAUGGUGAUAAUGCAAUGAAGCUGGAAAAGUCACAAUUAACUACUCAAAGGCGAAUGAGAGCCAAGGAAAUAUCUGAUCUUGUAAGAAGAGCAUUAUAUCCAAAUCUCGUGGACCAUGUUGAUACCAAGAAAUACGAAAAUGUUCGUGGAGUACAACGUAAUGUCUACUUCCUUGAUCAUAGACACCAAGAGGAUGUUGAUCUUAAUGAACAUGCAAUAAGAUCGCAUUCAAAUAAAUAUGAAGUUGAAAUGAUUGUGGAAAUGGUGAAAUAUUUUGUAAGGAAUGGUUAUACAAGUGAGGGAGACAUUGCAGUUUUAACUCCGUAUCUUGCUCAAAUGAUCAAGAUAAGAGAUGCAUUAAAAAAAAAAUUUGUCGUGCUUUUGGACGAGAGAGAUGAGAAAGAAAUUUCACUUAUGACUGAAGAAGAUAAUGAAGGAAGUGAGAAUGCACAUGAGGAAUCCUCUUUAUCGGAUACUCAAAGGUUUCAAGUUGCAACAAAAAAAGAUUUAAAUCAAAAGGUUACUUUGAGAACUGUCGAUAACUUUCAAGGUGAAGAAGCAAAGAUUGUCAUCAUAUCACUUGUGCGUAAUUCUCUCAAUUCAGGCGAAGAAAUAAGUGGUUCCAUUGGAUUUUUAAAAUCUACAAAUCGUACAAAUGUUUUACUUUCACGUGCAAAACAUGGAAUGUAUUUGCUUGGUAAUGCUGAUCUAAUGUCAACAGGUUCUGAAAUGUGGAAAACUGUUGUAAACAUUCUAAGAUCUCGCGAACAAGUUGGAACCGGAUUUCCUAUUGAAUGUAAUAUGCAUAAAUUUUAUAAGAACGUGAUAACAGAAGCGAAACAAUUUGAAGAAGUUUCACCAGAUGGUGGAUGUUUUGAAACUUGUAAACAACAAUUACCUUGUGGUCAUUCAUGUCCAUACAAAUGUCAUUCCGAUGAUCCCGAGCACGUUACUGUUUAUUGUAAAAAACCUUGCGCAAGAAUGCAUCGAGAGUGUGGACAUCCAUGCUCUAGGUUAUGUGGAGAUGAUUGUGGUUCGUGUAAAUUUGCAGUUGGUGAUAUUCUUUUGCCAUGUGGGCAUAAUUAUAGGGACGCCAAAUGUGAUCAAGAACGUAAUAUCACAUCUGUUCGAUGCCGAAAAAGAGUUCUUCGUCGUCUAGUUCAUUGUGAACAUGAACAAUCAGUAGAGUGUUGGAAAAAUCUUUCUGAUGUUGAUUGUAUGCAAAGAUGCGGCUCAUUUCUGCCAUGUGAGCAUGUAUGUGAAUCUAAAUGUCACGAGUGUCAGAGAAGAUCAGCGAAAGCAGGCGAAAAUACUUUGAAUGCAUUAACCGGUGUGCAGGACAUUGUUAGAUCACAUCACGCACCUUGUAAAAAGAUUUGUGAUAGCAACCAAUUCUGUGGGCACAUCUGUAAAGAAAGUUGUCAUAAGGGCAAAGUUUGUCCAUUAUGUAAAGAUUCUUGCAAUAUUUCGUGUCGACAUUCUAAAUGUAAACUCAAAUGUUCUGAACCAUGUGCAGCAUGUGCAGAGCCUUGUGAUUGGGAAUGCGAACAUCAAGGUCAAUGUAAUUUGAGUUGCGGUGCUCCGUGUUCAAGAUUACCUUGUAAUGAAAAAUGUCGUAAAAGAUUGGAAUGUGGAUGUGAAUGUUUCGGUGUUUGUGGUGAAACAUGCCCGUCAAAAGAAUAUUGUAUUAAUCACGCAUCGGAUAAUGUUAAAAGACAAGUUGCGGAUAUGGUGAUGCAAAGUACUUUUGAGGAUGUAGAUUGGAAUGAAGAGCGUAUGAUAGUUUUAGAGUGUGGUCAUGUUUUUACAAUGGAAUCAAUGGAUGGUCAUAUGGAAAUGCAAGAUUUCUAUGAAGGCGAUUCACAAGGUUGGACAGCAAUUAAACCAAUCACACAUCAACCUCGUAAAAUCAAAGUAUGUCCUAAUUGUAGAGCGCCAAUUAAAAAUAUUCAUAGAUAUGGUAGAGUGAUAAAGAAGUUUACUUUGGAUGUUCAAAACAAGAAAUUUUUAAUGACUUAUGAAUUGAAAUUGAAGACACAAAAAGAUCGUCUAGAAAAUAGCAUUAGAACACUUGAAACAAAUAGGGCUAAAUUCCUGGAAAGCAUAAUUAAAAAUUGUACUAAUCCUAUAAUAAAUUAUCAAACUAAAAAUGAUAAUAAAAACUAUCGAUUUGACGCUAAUGAAGUUACAAGCUAUGAAAAAUUUGGUAAUCUCGAGGCUUAUUCAAUUGCUGCAUCACAGGAAUCCGAUUGGAAAAAACAUGUUAAAUAUUUAUUGGAGAUCUAUAAAGAAUUAACAUCAAUAAUAUCUUCAACAAAAACCCCACCGCAUAAAUUGGCAUUUGAAGCUGCUGUAACAAAUUUAUAUAAUGAAAAAUCAAAAUCACAACCCAAUUAUGACGAUUUGAUAAAAAAUUUUGAAUCAGGCUUGAAUCUUGGAGUUGCUAAUACAGCACGACAGAAGCAGCAAAAAUUACAAGAAACGCUACAACAAGUUGGAAUACCUACUCCACAGAUUGAUAAAAGAUUAUAUUUGGAAGCCUUUUUUGAAAUCUUGAAUGCUCAGAAUUUGAUGCUUAAAGAAGUAACUUCAAUUAUAACUGAACUUAAUAACUCAGUUUCCAAUGUUUCCAAUGAAAAUAGAACAAAAUCGCGAAAUGCUUGGCUAAAACUUCAUAAAGCUUUAAUUAAGUCACGGAAACGACACAUUAACGAAAUAAUUGUUACAUCAGAUCUUUCCAAAUCCAAAAAAAUGAAUGCAUUGGCUCAUCUAGAAUCGUUGGAGUUUGAAUGUUCUAUAGCCAGGUUCGAAUUAAGAAAUCCAAAACAAAGAUCAAUGACCAAAAAAAAACAAGAGAAAUUGUUAGAUAAAUGUAAAAGUUUACGUAAAGAGUGUGAUACAAUUACAAAUAAUAAGUUAUUCAAGAUGCAAAAUAUGGACCAUUUUGUAGGUCAAUGUAUUGAGAGAAUUAAUAAAAUUCUAAAAGAUAUAGAUGAAAUUGAAGAGGUGGCAGCGAAGGCUGGUCUUUUGACAAGAGAAGAGAAGAUGGAAAUUCAUAGAGCUAUGGCUAGCGAAUUUAGAGGAUCUGGUCAUUGGUAUCAAUGUCCCAAUGGUCAUCCUUAUACUAUUGGAGAUUGUGAAUGUGGUGAAACAAUUGGUGGAGCUUCUCAUGUUCUUACUGCAACCAAUAGACUAGAUAAUGAAUUUGAAUCUAUGGGUAGUAAUACUAAUACUACUCCUCGAAAUUUCAGGGCUAGAUACCACAAUAGAAAGAAUGCUCUUAAAAACACUAAGCUAACAGCAAGUAACACACCAGUAGCAUAG